AUGCCUCCACCGGCAUCACUGGAAGCAUAUCGAGUGGGCUGGAUAUGCGCGCUUCACACAGACAUGCUUGCAGCGCGGGCGAUGCUCGAUGAAGACCACGGCAUGAUCCGGGGCCACGGCCAGGACGCCAACACGUACGCGGUGGGACGGAUCCACGACCACAACGUGGUGAUAGCGGGACUUCCCGCAGGGAUCGACGGGCCCGUGUCGGCGGCGAGCGUGGUCAAGGACAUGACACGGGCAUUCCACGACCUACGAUUUAUGUUGCUGGUAGGCAUUGGCGGCGGCAUCCCCAACCUGCCGAUCUUCGACAUCCGCCUGGGUGAUGUCGUAGUCAGUCAACCGGCCGGCACGACGGGCGGCGUGAUCCAAUUCAACCGGGGCAAAAACUUCCACGGCGGCCACUUCGAGCGUAAAGGGUCCGUCAACGCGCCCUCGAACGUGCUGCUGACCGCCCUGACGGCCCAGAAGACCGAACACCAACUCCACGGCAGCCGACAGAUGAAUGCCUUUCUCAACGACAUGAUCAAUCGACACCCUAACCUCAAAAACGACUUUGCUUACCCGGGCUCUGCCUCUGACCGGUUUUUCCGCCCUGACUCCGUUCACCCCAAAAACCAACCGAAUUGCCUCGCGUGCAACCCCGCCGGCGAGGUCCCCCGUCCCCAGCGAGGCACCACCACUCCUCAAGUCCACUAUGGCUUGAUUGCCUCGGGCGACCAGGUCGUCAAGGACCCCGGUGUCCGUGACUUUCUGCGCUCCAAAUACGGCGCCCUGUGUGUCGAAAUGGAAGCCGCGGGUCUCAUGCACAAUUUUCCGGGGCUGGUCAUCAAGGGGAUUUGUGAUUAUGCCGACUCUCAUCGCGGUGACACUUGGCAUAAAUAUGCCGCUGCCACUGCUGCCGCUUGCACGAAGGAGUUGUUGCAUUAUGUUUCCUCCGCGAGGGUCGACAAUGAGAGUCCGAUCCACCAGAUCAUGGGUGAGAAUGGCAAUUUCGUAGCGGACUAG